GUGGCUUUGGUGAUCAAGACAGUAAGUAGACAGAAGGAGGGCUAAUUAAACUUGUAACAUCUGCCUUCUGAGUGCCAAAUAUGUCUUCAGGCUCCUGGCAUGUUUCGCUCCACUUCUUUCCCCUUCUUGUUCCUAUUUUAACUCAGGAUGGGGGUAAAUAAGGCAUCUGCCUGCUGCCAAACAAUGUGAUUAAUCUCCUGCAAGUGACACCACCCUGAUUACCAUAACCAAUGAGUUUACUGUAACUGGGUGAUGUGAAAUAUACAUGGCAUCUUCUUCCAGAUAAACUUCCACAGCUGGUGGUGGUUGUGGACGAGAGGAGGAGGAAGAAGAUGAGGAGAAGGAGGAGGGAAAGAAGAGGAGGGGAAACGGAGGAGGGUGGGAGGUCUGGACUGAAGCACGUAGCCUGCUUACAAAUUAACACCACAAGCCAACUCGGACAGCAUGAGUGAGUUUGUGCUCGUCCUCUUCUGGCUGCUCAGCUUCAUUCUCGCCUAAGGAUCGCUCUGCGGGCUGCACUCCAACCACUGCGCGUCGCCGCCGACGCAGCUCUUUCUCCAGCUUCACUUUUGAGCGACUUCCCGCACAGAGAGUCAGAGCGAGGACCAGUACCCUCAGCAUCAGCAUCAGCAUCAGCAUCAACCUACCUCUCUGCCCGGUGUUACCAGAUAAACGGACUGUGGCAAAAAAGCCCCCGACACCACUGCGGGAGGUGACAACUCCAGCCUCUGCAACAGCCACGGAGACGGAGGAGGGACGGUGAUAUCUGCCAUGCCAGAUCUGCGCAGAGGAGGAGAUCUUGAUAAGCAUGGUGCCCACGCCCCAGGUGUGUGUCUCAACCCUGGUAACAGUGAGCACGAUGGCAGUGGUCGACCUCUACCUUCUGGAGCAGAGCAUGCUGGGAACGCACGGUCCUCCAGGACCUAGUGUCUGGCAGUGUGCAGCGGUGCUGUUAGGUGAUGCAGGCUUCCUGCUCGCACUUCGCUUCGUGUCUGCUGGUGUGGUGUCAGAGGUGCGGUCGCCAAGACGCGGUUUCGCCAACGCUCUCUGGUUCCUCUUCCUGUCGCUGCUGCAGCUGAAGCUCUUCUUUGUCUGCCACAACUACAGACAGGAACGUCGGCCACCCGACCCUCUGGCCAGAAAAACCUUGACACUGUUGCUGUCCAUCUGCCUGCCCUCGUUGUUCCUGAUCCUGACUGGUGCUGACCACAUGACACCGCAGCGCCGUAAGCAGGAAGUGAGGGGCCGGCUACUGUGGGUAGUUGUGGACCUGCUGGAUGUACUGGACCUGCAGGCAGGGCUCUGGGAAGUCCAGGGUGGAACCCCAGCAGGGGCAGCAGGUGUUGCUGAGCAGAAGCUGCCCAUCUGGGUGGAGGGUCUGGUUUUUUUCUACUGCUACACACUUCUACUGCUGCUCCCAUGUGUGGCCCUUACAGAGCUUGGAGCCACCAGUCUGCCAGGACAGAGGGGGCCACGUAAGGAGGCGUUGUACCCUUGGCUGAGCUUGUUUACAAUUAACAUCUUCACUCUGGCUUUAAGGGGCACAGGCAUGCUGUGGUACCGGGAUCCUCGUGUGUCUACAGUGUUUCUGGGGAAGAACCUUCUGGCUCUGGCUGUGAAGCUGAGCUCAGCCUGGGAGAAACACAAGCAGGAGCGUGAUGCUGGAGGAGCUGGGACUGUGCCUGGAGCAGAACCAGGAGACGCAGCCCUGCCAACCCAGAGCCUGGAGCAGGGGGAGGGCCAGGCUCAGGGCAAAGCUCCUCCCUCUCAUUUUCACACACUGACUAGCUCUCAGGGCAGUGCUCUCUCCCACAUCAGCUUGGAGGCUGCAGAGACGCCCUUAGGACCCUCUUUUAUUUCCCAUGAACUCUAGAGACUCUCAAACUGUCUGAAUACGCACACAUGCACAAACACAGUUGUGCACACCCACACUCAGAAUCCCAAUAUCACAUGCGAGCAGAUAACUCAUAUUUAAUUUCAGUUCUGUGGUGACGGGCAUAAUGCUGAGCAGUGGAAAUGCACUGGUUAGCUCAGCUCUGUGUGCACCUUGUUGUGCUAACAAGAAACUUUGAUGCAUUGUUGUGAAUUGUGAGUGUGGAUGUUUUUAACUUGAACACUGUGAACACACAUGUAGGAGUGUACAGUAUAUUGCAGAAAUGUCUGUGAAAGUCUAGAAGUGUUUGUUAUUGUUCAACCUGGGCACAACAACUCAACUGCCACUAUCUGCUGUAAUGUUUUUUUACACACCAUCCUCACAUUUGAAUUCAGGUUGUUUGAGAUGAACAGUUAUUAUUUAAAAGAAAAUCAGAUCAUUUACAACAUUAGGUCUUGCAGGCAGAGUUAUGAACUGUACGUAAGUAAGUGGGGAGAUGAUCUAUUAGAGCCGUGACUCUUCUGCUGGGUGCAAAUGCAGCCCAUCCAUUAGACCAUGCAAUAUCUCUAAACACACAAGAAAUAUGAGUGCAAUGCAACAUAAAACAACUAUGACAGGACACUACGUGUAUGUCUAACUAGCUAAUUAUGAAAAAAGUAUCAAACAAGCAUUAACAUGCUUCUGUUUAGUCCACAUUUGGUAAAAGGUGUGUUUGAACGGCCUCCUCCAUAUGAUCACUGGACCAAAACAAGCAAAUUGUCUUGUGUUUAUAAUGACUUGUAAUGAACUUUUCAGCACAUUAAGAAGAAAAAAAACACUCACUCUUACAACUUGACUCCUUCAGAUCUAUUCAACUACUGAGCUGCACUUACCUCCAGCAGAGCAAAUUUUGUUGGAUUAUUGUCCUUUUACUUAUCCCUGAUGACAGUACCUGACAAUAUGGGUCUGUUGGACAAGUUGGACAUUGAAAUCAACUAGAAUUUAUCUUCAACAUUACAUUACAUGUUGAAACGAGCGUCAUAAACCAUAUAUGGAGUGAGAGACAGUUGUUGUUGGUUCCCUUGUGUUUGUUGUUUUUCCAUGCGUUAAGUGAAAAAACUACAACAGUCUCUGCCAUGAUUCUGACAGGCUGACAGAACCAACUGUGACCUUUUAAUGUACAUUUUCUCUGACACUUUACAGGGUACUUUCACGAAGGAAAAAAUGAUACAGAAGGAGAGAUGAUUAAUUUUUUCCUUCAGUCCUACAGAGGCAUGAUUUAAAAGCCAUCCAGCCGUAAAACCCACUCUACACUCUGCUUCAAUAUUUCAAAGUACAACUCAGUGGCUCUAAACCUCUUUGGUGACCCUUUAAAUCAUUCUCCUCAUGUGACCCUGAGUUAUGUCCUCUUCUCAGAUUUUUUUUUUUUUUUUUAAUAUUUUAAUUCAUCUAAAGAGGCCAUUGGAUGUAAGGUUAUCUAUAACUUUUUUACUGUAACAGUAAAAAGAAAAGGGCACGAAAGAAUCACACUUAAGUCCCUGUCUUUUUUUUUCACAAUUUCACAACCUGCCGGAUUUAUCCUUUGACCCAUUUUAAGGUUUCAGCACCAAGGAUGUGUAACAGAAGUGCAAUGGUUCUCAUUACAGACCAAAGUAUUUGAAGCAGUUGACUUCACUUAUUAGUUCAUUUUGUUUGGCUGAGAGUGUUAAUCAGAGUAAUCAGUCACUGACGUGAAUAGCCGCAGAUUCAUGGGCCUAAAAUCUUUGUUUUUGGUCUUCUAAUGUUUUCAUUUGAAUGCAGAAUUUGAGCUUCGGUUUAAUUUGCUUGUCCGUUUUGGUUACCAGUUCAGAGACUCAUACUGAGUGACUGCAACUCAAACUCAAACCAUCUGAAAGAUUUGGACACAAACAAAGAAUCUGCAUAACCCACAACUCUCAAUUAGGAGUGGGCUUUAUAACACUGACCAAAGACUAUCAGUGUAAAUGUUCCCUUUACAUGUGAUGGCAAAUUGUUUUGUUAAAUCCAUAUUCUGCAGUCAUUUUUCAUCUGCAUCAUUAAAAAUUGUUCUGGACAGUUCUGGACUGUAGAGCCCGAUAUACAUUCUCACAUUUUUAUCUUCAAAGAAGGAGCCUUGUACCCACCAAUAUGUUACAAUUUGUGCAUUGUGGGAUGGAGCAGCAGGUGUAGUGGAUGUUUAGUUCAGUCAAGUGCCUUGUUUCUUCGUGGAGCUACGAGCCUCUGGGGUGUCAGAGAGGCGUACACAUUGUGUGCAGCAUGCGGAACUUGGACAUAUGCCAUGUGUAUACUGUGAAGUUAUUCCACAGCUGUUGUCAGCAACACCUCCAGGACAGAGUGCAACUAAUAAAGUGUUUCAUACUCGCCGAAUGUUGACAGUUCAUUGGCUAUUAUGUAGCAGCGUUAUUGGCAGCCUGUCGCCACCACGUAGGGGGAAAACACGGGAGGAGUCGGAGGAAAUUAUUCAGGGCCAAGAGGCUUUAAUGGUAAACCACUGCCACAUGCUAAAGUGAAUCUGCCUCCACAAAAAGUCACACGUUUAAUGCUUUUCUUGCACUUAACAUGAAGCAGUGAAUGGAUGCUCAGCACAUACUCAAAACAGAGAGGUGAGCACUCCUGCUAUCCAGAGUGGAACUUUGAUGAGAGGCCAUUUUUCAUCACUAUUAAAGCUGCUCAGCCCUAGACACACGGCACACAUCCUCUCUUAGCCCCACUCGUGUGUGCAGUUCUGUUGUUUUUUUCUUUCAAAGCUGAAAGACAGUGAAGGUUUUCAUGUACAUGUCCAGUAGUAUACAGCAGAGAUGUUUUUGGAGAGGCGGCGCUUUCCGCUCACAGUGGCUGGGAGAGCACCCAUCGGCCUCACCACUGAGAUUUAAUGGUCCCAUUAAUUGAAACUGAGGCCAUUUGUCAAAAUGCAUGCACUUAUUCUCACUGCUUUAUGCUUGAUUUACAGACUGUAUUUUCAGAAUUUAUGAAGACUAAUGUACCCACUUAGGUCCCAAAACAAAUUCAUUUAAAGUUUCCAUAGAAAAUUUCUCUGUAUGUGGAGUAGACAGUAGACUUUCUUUCAUGUCUUCCAGCGUUGCCUGCUCUACAUUUCAAACAAACACAUAUUCUGUGCACAGUCUCUGUGGGGCAACAUCUCAUAUUUCUAUUAUGCUAAAAGCAGUGACUGCUGCCUUGGUAAUGACCAUCUUGUGAAUUUGUUACACCUGUUAAGCUCUAGAUACAAUGCUCAGUGGUUUCCUUUCUUUGAGGCUCAUGCACUCCGUUUCGUCUUUGGAAAAUGCAUGAGCCCUUUCCCUAUUUCCUUUCUUCUCUUUCUCCUCAGUUCACUGGUCUCCAUUCUUUCCCUUCAUUGAACUGUGCAAAUCACGGUUGAAUCUUCUGUACCCAACUUCUCCCUUUUUAUUCUUUUUUGUUUCUCAUUCUUUUUUAUACCUCUCAUUUGUUUAAAUUUGCCCUGCAGCUGAAUGGGGGCCUCUGCACUUUGUCUGUCAGGGUUGGUUAGUCAGAGAGAAGGGAAAAAAGAAGAGGAAGAGAGGUUGGCUAAGAUUAAAGGGCUGGGCCACUGCCUGAAGCAGAGCGUUUGCUGAACGUCAUUUAUUUACUGUUUGCUACAGUGUGUGUUUGAUGGCCGGUGGAGAGCGGCGAGAGACAAACAGACAUAACACGCUGACCCGACUACACUGGCAUUCCAAACAGUCCGCAGGCCUUUAGACAAACAUAUGGCUUUGUUUUGCUUGGUUGAGCAUUUGGUUAGAAACCAUCUCGACUCGUUACCCCGAUGUGACUACAGUGACAGCGUGCCCAUCUCACACCCACCUUCUCUGGCAGCCGGAGCCACAGUUAGCAGAAAGACGACUGAAUCAUUCAUCAUAGCACAGACUAACAAAGGAGCAGCUUUUGAAGACAACUUCAAAGUCUAUUCUGUAAGAAAAAAAAUCAUGCAGAAGAAUUUAAGACUCUUACUAUAUUCAAUGCCACAACCAGGACAGAUGCAUAUCCUAAUACUGUCUAUGAAGUGGACUUAAAUCAGACAUAAAUGUCUAUUAACAAGACGCACGACUGGCCUUGAACUGUGGACUAGAAGAAGAAUUACAAAAGAAAAAGCACAAAAUAGGAAAUGGCGCCUUAGAGUGUAUAAUAUGAAGUGGGAAGUUGACAUACUUUCCUGAACACCUAGUACUUCAUCCACCGACUCAGUCAGUCACACUCUUAUGACACCCUAUUAGCUGCAGUUAGAAGUUUGGCUUCAUGCAUAUCAACAAUCUGACACACUGCAGGGGACAGAGAUGGACCGCAGGAGCGUCUGAUCUCUACACUGCUGCCCCCUGUGUUUAAGUGGGUUGACGGUUGUUAUUUAGAAAUAUCCCACAUUUGUCUUUUUACUGCACCUAAAUAGAGAGUAAUAAAAAUACACUAAAGAACAUAAAAUGUGAAGAACAAGACACAAAGAAGUGCAAGAAAAACUGUGGCCAAGGACAGAAGCAUGAAUGGUCUGAUUUAGGAAAGUGUGAGUGUCCAAGUGAGAACAUCAAAUCCAUUUAACUCCAGACUUUUUUUGGCUGAACACACGUACUGUGAAGUGGCCUUGUGACAUCACCACUUAACACACUUGCUGCAAUUAAAAGGUUCCAAUUCUUUUGAUCAGUUUCCAACUAAAAGCCUUUGUAGAAGCAGUCUUGCUGGUCUGGUGGUGACAGAUUAUUUGCUAAAGAAAAGAAAUUCUUCAACAUACUGAAGAAAGUCAAGUUUUCCUUUUAGUAGAGAAACAAAACUGACUGUGUGAAAUGAUAUCAGUCUUUUCUUUCUAUUUGUAGACCUGACCUACAACCUGUAGUCUCUGACGAUUAAAACUAAACUUAAAACUGUUCUAUUGACUAAAAUUGGACAAAGACCAAAUUACAAUUUAGUCCGUUUUUUUAAGAUCGAAUUAAAUGCCUUAACACUUUAUUAGGUCAGUCAUAAAGAUACGCACCACAAAAGGGCAACAUUUUAGAAAACUGCAACAAUUGGUAUCCUGAUGUUUCAAAUGACUAAAACCCGAGUUUAAAAUACAUGUUAAUGUGAAUCAGCAAUGAAUUGAGCUCUCUCUUAACUUCCUCUGGUCGGGCCAACACUUUUGUCUGAUUAGGAAAGGUGUAGGAACAUUGUCAAACUAGAGUACAGUUUUUAAACUACAGUUUUAAUUGCGACUACAGAGUGUGCCAACAUUUCAAAGAGGUGUGUUUGCAAUUUUUUAAAACAACAUUGUGUUUUGUACAAAUUUGCAUUGCAAAUUCACAUGCGCCACUGAUAUUUCCUAAAGGACUGCUGUGCUUUGUUCAAGACUGAAUAAGAAACUCAAUGAUCUUUCCAGUGGAGAGUUGAGUGACAGUCUGAGUCAUAACAAAUGUCUUUCAGCCAGAGUUCAGACAUUUCCAGUGCAGCUGAGGGACAGGAGAUUUAGGCUCUGACUUAAACGUUAUCAGUAAAAAUCUAAACAUCAAUUAUACAUCUAACUGGUAAACAUUGCCGAGAUGGUACAACUGGGUUUUUACAGCCUGUGUGCUUGGCAGCAGUGGCCCAGCUGGCUGCUCUGUUUCCGAGCAGGGAUAAAACAAAUGCUGCAAAGGCAUGAGGAUAAAGAAUGAAGCCCUCACUUUAUUGUUGGGUAGAAAAUGUGUGGGUGUAAUUUCCCUUUAUAUGUGACACAUUUUCAUCUAGCAUAUUGGUAAAGCCGACUCAUUAACAAAGAGCACAGGAGGCCAGCAUUAAACAAAUAUUACUAAAUGACCAGUCCAACUCAAAAAACAUGUUCAGAGUUCACACUGGAGGGUGGAGAUCAGUGACAAGUCAACACUGAUUCUUCAUACCCGAGUUGACAAGAAUUUAGUCCAGCACAGAGAAUUAAUCUUCAUGGAUUAAUCACCAUGACACACCCUCGUUAAGGUAGGUGUGGGAGAAUUUGAUCUGAUUUCAGUGAUAGGAGACAAAAAUAUGACUAAAAAUGUAACAAACAGCCACAGAGUGUCCAGGACUAUGACCAGCUUCUUCAGCAGAUCUGGGAGUAAGAAGCUCCCACAGGAUAUUAUCAUUAGUUCUGAUAGAAUUUCUCUGGGUUCACUCAACAUCAGAGCCAUGUGAUCAGACCCACACUAAAAAAAAUACAGUGAAGAAGCACAGCUGAAAUAAUGUCAGCAACACCAGGCAUGGUGUUAUUUACCAACGAAGGUUCCAUUCCUUUUACAUGUCAUGUCAUGUACAUAGUGACCAAACACUAACGGCACUGAACUCUGUCUCAGUUAGGGUUUCUGGCAUUUGUUAUUCCCUGAUAUUAUUACUCAUGUGCAGCUUUGUUCCCUGCCAGUUUGGGUUCACUCUUCUACCGUCCUCUAUCUGCGCGUGUUUAGUCAAGUCACAAAGAUAAAUUAACUGCGAGAACUGAUUUGCUUUCCAAGCGUGCAACAGCAACCGAGGCUGUUGAGCACUGUCCAUUAAAGUCGCCAACUGGGUCAUUUGUAUGUACAGAGAGAACCACAGGUUUUAUUCAUCCAAUCUUGUAAAGGACAAUCAUAUUUUAAUAGACAAAUGGAUGUCAAAUCAGCAGCAGAUUGGGACUUUAUAGUGUAAAAGAUGUUUCUAGAAUGAAUUAUUAACAUUAAUUAUUUAACACCUUUUGCAUGUGUAUGAUGGUACUGUAAGUUCACCUGCAGAUACAAUGCCAUGUUCCUGCAUUUGCUUUUUUUCCCAAUCCGUGGCAAGUGGCGAGGACAUUUUUUGGGCACACAUUUCAUAACAGUAGACCUGGUAUGUGACAGUAAUGCAAGUCAAAAAAGUGUUGGGUGAGAGGCACGUUCAGCACACAGCAGAAAAGUUGUCACAGAAGGCAAUUUUAAGAUUUAUCUAGGUUAGAAUAGAUUUGUGUUUCAAAAAAGUGUAUUUUAAGUUUUGUCAUAGUGUUUUUUUCUAUCUUCUAGCUGUUGAAAUUCAUCAAUACACAACAACAGAGCCUUAAGGUCUCCUGCCCAGAUAAAUUGUAGACAAGAACAUGUCUGCCAUGGGGUAUUUUUAUGUGGGCAAUCGCUUCCAAAAACUUUUGUUCAAGUUUCAAUUUAAAAAAAAUUAAUGUUGUUCCAACGUGCUCACAGACCAGGGCUUUCAAACUAGUAUCAAUCUGCCUGGUUGAAAAAAGUCAAAUUCUUGCCUUCCUUACAACA